UAUCACCUGAGACUCCAUUAUGACUCGACUCAACAGAACAGGGAGGACGACAAGUUGAAGCUGAGCUCAACGUUUUACUCCACCCGCCUCAGGGGGGGAUCCCUGAAAGUGAAAGUAUGAUUCAGCUCAGACUCCAUUUUAACUCGACACAGCAGAACAGGGAGGACGACAAGUUGAAGCUGAGACUGACUUCAGAUCAGAAGAUGAGUGAUCGUGUGGAGGAAGAGGAGGACGGAGCAGAGUCUGUAGUAUCUGGCUGUCUGUCUAUGAAGAGUGACUGGUCCAAACAUGAACCUCCAUUCUUCAGUAAUGAACCUGGACCCUCAGACACAAAAUUUUUGAACAGACAAAGAGCAGAGUCUGUAGUGUCCAGCUGUCUGUCUAUGAAGAGCGACUGGUCCAAACAUGAACCUCCAUUCUUCAGUAAUGAACCUGGACCCUCAGACACAAAAUUUCAGAACAGACACAGAGCAGAGUCUGUAGUAUCAGGCUGUCUGUCUAUGAAGAGCGACUGGUCCAAACAUGAACCUCCAUUCUUCAGUAAUGAACCUGGACCCUCAGACACAAAGAAGAGGAAGAGGAGUGAUGAGGAGGAGCAGCUGUCCUGCUGUGCUUCCUGUCAGGACGUCCUGAAGGAUCCCGUCUCUACCAGCUGUGGACACUGGUUCUGCAGACGCUGCAUCAGCUCAUACUGGGACCAGUCUGCUUCACCAGGAGACUCCUCCUGUCCCCAGUGUGGACAAAGAUCCAGAACCAUGCCUUGUGGUCUGCAGGAGGUUUUAGAUGAGCAUAAGAUCAGUCUGAGGAGGAGAUAUGAACGUGUGGCUGAAGGAAGUGAUGGAACAGGAAGUGGAACCCUCCUCAACAGGAUCUACACUGAGCUCUACAUCACAGAGGGACAGAGUGAAGAGGUUAAUACCCAACAUGAGGUGAGGCAGCUGGAGACAGCUUCCAAGAAGAAGACCGUCCACGACGCUCCAAUCAAGUGCCAGGACAUCUUUAAAGCCUUACCUGACCAACAGGGACACAUCAGAGUGGUUCUGACCAACGGCGUCGCUGGCGUUGGAAAAACCUUCUCGGUGCAGAAGUUCAGUCUGGACUGGGCAGAGGGUUUGGAGAACCAAGAUGUCAGUGUGGUGAUUCUGCUUUCCUUCAGGGAGCUGAACUUGAUCAGAGGUGAGCAGUACAGUCUUCUGGAGCUGCUCCAUGUUUUCCAUCCAACAUUACAGAAGGUCACAGCAGAGAAGCUCGCCGUCUGUAAACUUCUGUUCAUCUUUGACGGCCUGGAUGAAAGCAGACUUUCUCUGGAUUUCACCAACAAGGAGGUUGUGUCUGAUGUCACACAGAAGUCAUCGGUCAACGUGCUGCUGACAAACCUCAUCGAGGGGAAUCUGCUUCCCUCGGCUCUCGUCUGGAUAACCUCCCGACCCGCGGCGGCCAAUCAGAUCCCUCCUAAACAUGUCGACAGGGUGACAGAAGUACGAGGCUUCACUGACGCCCAGAAGGAGGAGUACUUCAGGAGGAGGGUCAGUGAUGAAGAGCGCUCCAGCACAAUCAUCUCACACAUCCAGACAUCCAGGAGCCUCCACAUCAUGUGUCUGAUCCCAGUCUUCUGCUGGAUCACUGCUACAGUUCUGGACCACAUGUUGACUACAGAGCAGAGAGGAGAGCUGCCCAAGACCCUGACUGACCUGUACUCACACUUCCUGCUGGUUCAGACAAAGAAGAAGAAGCAGAAGUAUGAUGAGGGACAUGAGACGAGUCCACAGGAGCUGAUGGAGGCUGACAGAGAAGUUCUUCUGAAGCUGGGGAGGCUGGCGUUUGAACAGCUGCAGAAAGGAAACAUCAUGUUCUACCAAGAAGACCUGGAGCGCUGUGGUCUCCAUGUCACAGAGGCCUCGGUGUACUCAGGAGUUUGUACAGAGAUCUUCAAAAGAGAGAGUGUGAUCUUCCAGAAAACAGUCUACUGCUUCGUUCAUCUGAGCGUUCAGGAGUUUCUGGCUGCAGUCUACAUGUUCCACUGUUACACCACCAGGAACACAGAGGUACUGGAGGCUUUUCUGGGGAAAGACUGGGACAAGAAAAACAGUGACCCAUCCCUGGAUGUCUUCCUGAGGAGAGCCAUGGAGAAAUCCCUCGAAAGUAAAAAUGGCCACCUGGACCUGUUUGUUCGCUUCCUUCAUGGCCUCUCUCUGGAGUCCAACCAGAGACUGUUAGGAGGCCUGCUGGGUCACACAGACAGCAGUCCAGAAGUCAUCCAGAGAGCCAUUAAUAACCUGAAGGAGAUGAACACUAAGAAGAUCUCUCCUGAUAGAAGCAUCAUCAUCUUCCACUGUCUGAUGGAGAUGAACGACCUCUCAGUCCAUCAGGAGAUCCAAGAGUUCCUGAAGUCAGAGAACAGAUCAAAGAAGGAACUCUCUGUGAUCCACUGCUCAGCUCUGGCCUACAUGCUGCAGAUGUCAGAGGAGGUUCUGGAUGAGUUGAACCUGAACAAGUACAACACAACAGAAGAGGGAAGACAGAGACUGGUUCCAGCUGUGAGGAACUGCAGGAAAGCUGUGUAA